CUGAAGAUGAAGGGAUUGCUCUGGCAAUAGCUAUUCGGACAGGUUUUAAUACUACAAAAGGCGCGUUGAUUCGUUCGAUACUUUUUCCAAAACCAAAUAAAUUUAAAUUUUAUCGUGAUUCUUUUCGAUUUAUUGGCGUGUUGGCAGGCAUUGCGUUUAUUGGCUUUUGCAUCAGUACAUACAACUUCAUUCGAAUGGGUGUCACAAUACACCUGAUAGUUGUCCGUGCACUGGAUCUGAUCACUAUAGUGGUUCCGCCCGCUCUGCCGGCUACUAUGAGUGUUGGAACUAAUUUUGCGAUUGGAAGGCUCAAUAAGGAAGGGAUAUAUUGUAUUAGUCCAGCAAGAGUUAACAUUGGCGGAAAAAUUAAUUUAAUGUGUUUUGAUAAAACGGGGACUCUGACUGAAGAUGGAUUAGAUGUAUUAGGUGUGCGAUCUAUAAAUUACCAGACUCAUAGAUUUUCUGAACUUCACACAACAGCCGGAACUUUGUCACCAUCGUCAUCGCAAAUUUCUGUUGAUCCCACCGCCCCGCACAAUCACCAAAAAAAUCAUUCAAACACAAUAAAAGAAUACCAGCCAAUUUUAUUCGCCAUGACAACUUGUCAUUCUCUCAAGCUCGUAAAUGGCGAAUUAAUUGGGGACCCGCUCGACUUGAAGAUGUUUGAAUUCACAAACUGGAUCCUCGAAGAAGGUGGUCAAGCUUCAUCUUCGCGUUCUUCCCCUUCUGUUCUCGGAUCAUCAGGUUCUUUGAACACUGCGUUAGGUGGCACAAACGGUAUUGUGCCUACGGUGGUAAGACCCCCGGGUGGAAGACAAUUUAAUUUGGCGGAUGUGCUUGGAAAUGAUGAUAGGAAUCGAGAUGAAAAGACAACACCAUUUCUUGAAUUGGGAAUAUUACGCACAUUUGAAUUUGUUCCUUCGUUACGCCGUAUGAGCGUAAUCGUUAAACGGUUAAGAAGUCAUACUAUGGAAGUCUUUGUUAAAGGUGCUCCUGAAGUUAUGAAAGAAAUCUGCAGAAAGGAAACAUUUCCUGAUGAUUACGAAGAUUUAUUGUAUUUCUAUACUCAUCAUGGAUACCGUGUUAUCGCUUGUGCGACAAGAAGCUUUGAGAAUCUUAAUUGGAUGAAAGCUCAAAAAAUUAAAAGAGAACAGGUUGAACAAGAUUUAUAUUUUUUGGGAUUAAUUAUUUUCGAGAAUAAACUUAAACCUGGUACGGCACCGGUAAUUGAUGUAUUGGGAGGGGCAAAAAUUCGACAACUUAUGUGCACUGGAGAUAACGUCUUGACUGCAAUCAGCGUAUCGCGUGAAUGUGGAAUUUUAAGCAAAAAUGCACAAGUCUAUAUUCCAAGAUUUGUUGAAGGAUCCUCUAUCGCACCACGAGCAACACUGGCAUGGGAAAACCUUGAUAACUCGAAGGAUUUAUUGGAUCCCCGAACUUUGAAGCCAACAUUAGCUCCUUCUCAUCUAGAAAAUUCUAUUGCUGGUAUGGAAUAUCCACCAGGCGAUCUUGAUUUUAAUCUUGCAAUUACUGGUGAUGUGUUUCGUUGGAUGAUGGAUUAUGGGAACCAGGUCACUUUAUUAAGAAUGUUAAUAAAGGGAAAUGUGUUUGCACGAAUGUCUCCGGACGAAAAACACGAACUCGUCGAGAAACUCCAAGAAUUAGGCUAUUGUGUUGGUUUCUGCGGAGAUGGUGCUAAUGAUUGUGGAGCAUUGAAGGCAGCUGAUGUUGGACUUUCGUUGUCGGAAGCGGAGGCGUCGGUGGCCGCACCGUUUACCAGUCGGUCUACGGAUAUUCAUUGCGUGUUGCAAUUUUACAUUAAUCUUAGGGAGGGACGUGCUGCACUUGUUACUAGUUUCAGCUGUUUUAAAUAUAUGGCAUUGUACAGUAUAAUUCAAUUUACUACAGUCAGUUUGCUGUAUUCAUUUGAUUCCAAUCUUGGAGAUUUUCAAUUCUUAUAUAUUGAUUUAUUCUUAAUACUACCAAUUGCCGUAUUAAUGGGACGCACUGAGCCGUAUCCACGGAUACACACAAAGAGCCCGACCGCAAGUCUCGUCUCCAAAAAAUUCGCAGGCAACCUUGGUAUUUAUUUCACUUCAUCCCACUCCUGCCUGGUGUGCAAAAUUCCCGUUCUUGAUUCACCUGGACCAGCUCUUAAUGGAUCUAUGAAUCUUGAACGGGCAUUUUGGUACUCACCACCUGAAUUUGAUCCCGAUAACACAAAUAUUUAUUGUUUCGAAGACACGGUGUUAUUCCUUGUCUCAUGUUUUCAAUAUAUUUUGAUUGCGGCAGUAUUUAGUGUUGGGCCUCCUUAUCGAAAAUCGAUGGAAACUAACU